ACAACUCCCACAAUGCCUCGCUGCCGCCCCCCGGCUUCCGGUGCUGCGCAGUUUCCGGAGCGGAUCGCAACCCGGAGUCCGGAUCCGAUCCCGCUCUGCACAUUCCAAAAGUGGCGACGAUGGCUGAGGACGGGAAUGAAGAGAUCAUGUUCAUCUGGUGUGAGGACUGCAGCCAGUACCACGACUCUGAAUGUCCUGAGCUGGGCCCGGUGGUCAUGGUCAAAGACUCCUUCGUGUUAAGCAGGGCCAGGUCAUCCCUUCCCUCCAACCUGGAGAUCAGACGCUUGGAAGACGGAGCUGAGGGGGUGUUUGCCGUGACCCAGCUCGUCAAGCGCACUCAGUUCGGCCCAUUUGAGUCACGACGCGUCACCAAAUGGGAGAAGGAAUCCGCGUUUCCACUGAAGGUGUUCCAGAAAGACGGGCACCCCGUGUGCUUCGACACCUCCAACGAGGACGAUUGCAACUGGAUGAUGCUGGUGCGGCCGGCAGCGGAGCCGGGACACCAGAACCUGACGGCCUUCCAGCAUGGCAGCGAUGUCUACUUCACCACCUCCAGGGACAUCCCCCCGGGCACCGAGCUGCGUGUGUGGUACGCAGCCUUCUAUGCCAAGAGGAUGGACAAGCCCAUGCUGAGGCAGGCCUGCCCCGGGCUCCAGGCUGCAGGCACCCCAGAGAACAGCACCCCGGUGGAGGCAGAGCCCAGCCAGUGGGUAUGCAAGGUGUGUUCAGCCACCUUCCUGGAGCUGCAGCUGCUGAAUGAGCACUUGUUGGGCCACUUGGAACAAUCCAAGAGCGGCGCCCCAGCCGGCCAGCAGGAGUCAGCCCCGGAGAAGGAAGCAGAUGUGCCCCGGGGGGAACCUGCUGAGGUUCCCAAGACUGUCAGUGCCACCAAAGAGCAGAAGAAAAAGCCUCGAAGGGGAAGAAAACCCAAAGCAUCCAAAGCAGAGCAGCCUCUAGUCAUUGUUGAAGGCAAAGAGCCAGCAGAGCAAGUGACAGAGAUCAUGACUGAGGUCGAGCCCGUGACUGCAACACCAGAUGAGCGGAUCAUGGAGCUUGUUCUGGGAAAGCUGGCCGCCACCCCCAGCGACACCAGCUCAGUGCCAAAGUUCCCGCAUCACCAGAGCGGCACCAUCACCCUCAAGAGGAGCCUGAUCCUCUCAAGCCGGCACGGCAUCCGGCGGAAGGUGGUGCGGCAGCUGGGCGAGCACAGGCGGGUAUACCAGUGUAGUAUCUGCAGCAAGGUCUUCCAGAACAGCAGCAACCUGAGCAGGCACGUGCGCUCGCAUGGUGACAAGCUGUUUAAAUGUGAGGAAUGUGCCAAGUUGUUCAGCCGCAAGGAGAGCCUGAAGCAGCACGUUUCGUACAAGCACAGCAGGAACGAGGUCGACAGCGAGUACAGGUACCGCUGUGGCACCUGUGAGAAGACCUUCCGCAUCCAGAGCGCGCUGGAGUUUCACAACUGCCGCACAGACGACAAGACGUUCCAGUGUGAGAUGUGCUUCAGGUUCUUCUCCACCAACAGCAACCUCUCCAAGCACAAGAAGAAGCACGGGGACAAGAAGUUCGCCUGUGAGGUCUGCAACAAGAUGUUCUACCGCAAGGAUGUCAUGCUCGACCACCAGAGGCGGCACCUGGAAGGAGUGCGGCGGGUGAAGAGGGAAGACGUGGAGGCCGGCGGGGGUGAGAACCUGGUGCGCUACAGGAAGGAGCCGUCUGGAUGCCCAGUGUGCGGCAAGGUGUUCUCCUGCAGGAGCAACAUGAACAAGCACCUGCUGACCCAUGGCGACAAGAAGUACACCUGUGAGAUCUGCGGGCGCAAGUUCUUCCGUGUGGACGUGCUCAGGGACCACAUCCACGUCCACUUCAAGGACAUCGCGCUGAUGGAUGACCACCAGAGAGAGGAGUUUAUUGGCAAGAUUGGGAUCUCCUCAGAAGAAAACGAUGACCAUUCAGACGAGAGUGCAGACUCAGAGCCUCACAAGUACAGCUGCAAAAGGUGUCAGCUCACCUUCGGCCGCGGGAAGGAGUACCUGAAGCACAUCAUGGAGGUGCACAAGGAGAAGGGCUACGGCUGCAGCAUCUGCCACCGACGCUUCGCCCUGAAGGCCACCUACCACGCCCACAUGGUCAUCCACCGCGAGAACCUGCCCGAUCCCAACGUGCAGAAGUACAUCCACCCCUGCGAGAUCUGUGGGCGGAUCUUCAACAGCAUCGGGAACCUGGAGCGGCACAAACUGAUCCACACAGGUGUGAAAAGCCACGCCUGUGAGCAGUGUGGGAAGUCCUUUGCCAGGAAGGACAUGCUGAAGGAGCACAUGCGUGUCCAUGACAACAUCCGGGAGUACCUGUGUGCAGAGUGUGGGAAAGGCAUGAAGACCAAGCACGCGCUGCGCCACCACAUGAAGCUGCACAAGGGCAUCAAGGAGUACGAAUGCAGGGAGUGCCACCGCAAGUUCGCACAGAAGGUCAACAUGCUCAAGCACUAUAAGCGGCACACGGGGAUUAAAGAUUUCAUGUGCGAACUGUGUGGAAAAACAUUCAGUGAGAGAAACACGAUGGAGACACACAAGCUCAUCCACACGGUGGGCAAGCAGUGGACAUGCUCCGUGUGUGACAAGAAGUACGUCACCGAGUACAUGCUGCAGAAGCACGUGCAGCUCACCCACGACAAGGUGGAGGCGCAAAGCUGCCAGCUGUGUGGGACCAAGGUGUCCACCAGGGCCUCCAUGAGCAGACACAUGCGGCGCAAGCACCCUGAGGUCCUGGCCGUGAGGAUUGACGACCUGGACCACCUCCCGGAGACCACCACCAUCGACGCCUCCUCCAUCGGCAUCGUCCAGCCUGAGCUGAGUCUGGAGCAGGAGGAGCUGGCCGAAGGGAAGCACGUGAAAGCCACCAGGAGAGCUCCCAAGAGGAAGCAGAAGCCGGAGGAGGAGGCCGGGGCCACGGGGCCUGAGGAUGCCGCCUUCAGCGAGUUCUCGGAGAAGGAGGGCACGUUCUCCGGCGGUGUCGGGGAUGAGACGGACUCGGCCGUGCAGAGCAUCCAGCAGGUGGUGGUGACUCUGGGCGACCCCAACGUGACCACCCCAUCCAGCUCCGUCGGCCUGACCAACAUCACCGUGACCCCCAUCACCACCACGGCCGGGACGCAGUUUACCAACCUCCAGCCAGUGGCCGUCGGGCACCUGACCACUCCAGAACGCCAGCUCCAGCUGGACAACUCCAUCCUGACCGUGACCUUUGAUACCGUCAGCGGCUCUGCCAUGCUGCACAACCGCCAGAACGACCUCCAGAUCCACCCGCAGCCGGAAGCCUCGAACCCACAAUCUGUGGCCCACUUCAUCAACCUGACCACCCUGGUCAACUCCAUCACGCCCCUGGGGAGCCAGCUGGGCGAGCAGCACCCGCUCACCUGGCGGGCGGUGCCCCAGACGGACGGGCCGCCCCCACCGCCGCCGGCCCCCGCCCCGCAGGCCGCCCAGCCCUCAGUGCCGGCCGAGCAGCAGCCGCAGAUGUACAGCUACUGAGGCGGCUUUCAGAGAGACCAGGGAGAGAACCACAGAUGGGGGUUUGUUUUCACUUAAGAUUUGUUGGCUGGAUACCAAACAGAGAAAAGCAAACACAUUAUUGCAGUGUAAGAAAGGUUGACUUAGCUUUUGCAGAAUUAUCUCCAAAUGCCCCCAGAACCAUGGCAGUAUGUCAGCUGAACUCAGAAGUGACCCUGGGCAGGCCAGUUGUCCCCGGGAGCAGCCCCCCCCGCAUUCUCCGGGAUAAGGCAGGCCCCCAGGCUUCCCUUCCAGAGCUGGAGGGACUGGAGGUUUGCAAAAGGGAAGUGGUUUGUUUCCUUUUUCCCUUUAGGGCUGGGCUGCUGUGUUAAAAUGUAGCAAUGUGCUGGGCGGGAGCAGAGUUUUCUCCGGGCUCCUGGACUUUGAACAGGUAGAAGUUCAAGUCACAUUUAUCUUCUUUGAAAUUCCAGUUGAGUCAAAGUCGUUGGCUGAAACCAUGUGGGAAGCUGCCCUGCGGGGUGACGCCCCUCCUCUGGCCUUCCCGUUGGUCACAGGCAAGCGGUCACGUGAGGUCGUGCAGCAAGGCAUCCUAGUAAUAGGGUACCUGAAUGGAUUUUCAGGAUGGUUCUUUUUUUAAACUUUAUCUUGAGCAUAUCUCGCGUGUUCGAAACUGCGGAGACCACGUUCUUCUCUGUUUUCCUUUGACACGCGACGUCGUUUGCACUGUAGGCCUGCAUCCAGCUUACACAGCUGCCCCAGCGCAGGGGGCGCUGUUACACGUGCGUCAAAAGGGCCUCCCGCUGGCCCUUCUGGAGGCUCCCUGGAGCUGUCUCAGGACUCUGCCAUCCAAAUAUAUUUAUUGUGGCUGAGACUCGGCUAGAGUCCCCUGAACUGGAGAACGGGGAAGAAAUUCAUGUCUUUUUUCUGUUUAAACUCUAAUUCCAAAGGUUGAUGUGUUUCAAGACCAGUUUUCUAUAAAAAUGUUGAAUGAACUUGGCUCCUUACGGGGAAAGGGGUAGGUCUUUUUCUGAAAUACAGAGGUAGUGCUGUCCUGCCAAGUAGUGUGAAAGCAGAAAAGGUCAUUAGCUGAGUAGUAGAAGCAUCAGCGCCCCGAAUGAAUGAAUGCAUGAAUGUGCUGAGUGACAGCUCACACGUGUGCACCCAUUUCAGGGGUGGUGGGUGAGGCUCAGGGCCACCGAGGUGGUGGCGGCCAGCAGCCAGUCCUCUGGCUGCCCAGCCAGGGAGACAAAGAGGCAGGUGAAGAAGCUUGAGCGAUGCCUUUGCCCUGUCCAGAAUGAAAAGAUAACGGUUGCUUUGCUUUGUCUCGAUCACUCUUUGUGAUCCUGUGUUAGUUGGGAGACCUUCAGUGAAGAGUGAAUAAAUGAGACAGACUGACCUGAUGCUGCCAGUGAGGCUGCGGGCGAUCUCUCACGCAAAGGGCAGCGUUCUCAGCACUUCGUGUAGUUCCAAGUCACAAGCUGUUGAGGAGAGGGCUGGGUUUUGAUGUGUGCAAUACAUGCCUUCAUGAACUGAGUUCAUCACCCAUGCAGCAUGUGAAAGGGGGCUGCAGAAUUCACCCUCCACACCCAGCUUGUCCCUAACUCCCAGCUUGCCCCUCUCCGUUGAAUUUGUCGUGGGCGAUUAUUUGACUUUUAAUUUAUGAUAAUUAUUUUUAUGUUAUUUAUGUAUAUAAUUAACUGCUUUAUACAUAAUAGUUUCAUCAAAUGAACUUGGGCUAGGGGUGAUAUAUUUUCUAAGCAUUCUCUCUGUUCUCCAAAUGUAAGUGGUCCAGGUGUCUGUGGAGUCAUCAAGCACGCCAAGGUCCCUAAGGUAUUUUUUUAAACAUCACUGACCAUUUCCUUUUGCACUUGCAGAAGUUAAAGGACAAAUGACCAAGGAAAAAAAAACCCAGAUGUGAUUGAACACCCGCUAUCAUUUAUCUUUUAUUCCUCUUCCCUAUGAAAUAAAGGCCUUUUAAAUCACAAUUUUAUUUUUUUAAGAAAAGUUGUUUUUGUGACUAGGAUAAGAAUGCAUCGUAUGUUUUUAAAGAACCUAAUUUAGGUUGUGUGGCCCCGGUGUACUUACCAUUGUUCACUUAAAUACACAGAUGUGUAACAAUACUUCUUGUUAUAAUAAGCGAAAACUCGAAAUAAAAGUCAGAUUUACUCCUGA